AUGUCCAUUAAUAGACCAUUCCAAUUAAAUUUCAAUAAUAUAGAAUUGAACUUAAUUAUUGAUUCAAAAUAUUAUCAACUUUUUCAACAAUUAAAUUAUCAAUUUAAUAAAUCUAUUGAUUUAGAUUCUCCUGAUUUAAUUGAAAAUUCAAUUGAAUUAUCCAAUUAUUUCAUUGGAUUUGUUAAUGAUUUAAUCAAUUCAAAAAACGUUAACUAUGAUUCUCAAGAAUUAAAACAUGUUUUAAAUUUAUGUAUUGAAGAAUUCCAAUUGAAUUUUAAUAAUAAUGAUAUUCACAAUUUCUUAGUUCAAUUAUUACAACAAGAUAAGACUAGUUUACCUAAAAUUAAAAUCAUGUUGAAGAACUAUUAUAUUGCUAAAGAUAUCUUACAAUUAUCUCACGAUAAGAACAAUUCCAAAUUAUUUAAUGAAAAAUCUCAAGGUAAUUCAAUUUAUGCUAUAUUCGGAGGUCAAGGUAAUACUGAUGAUUAUUUCGAAGAAUUAAGAGAUUUAUAUAAUACUUAUAAUCCUUUAAUCAAAGAAUUCCUUAUUGAAAUAAAUAACAAUUUAAAUAAGUUAUUGAAUUCCAUUGAUAAUGAUAAAAUUUAUACUCAAGGACUUGAUUUCAUCAAUUGGUUGGAAAACAUUGAUAAAACUCCUGAUCAAGAAUAUUUAUUAUCAGUACCAGUUUCAUGUCCAUUAAUUUGUGUCCUUCAAUUAUGUCACUAUCAAAUCAAUUGUAAAGUAUUAGGCUUCACACCAAAAGAAUUUCAACAAUUCUUCAAAGGUACUACUGGUCACUCCCAAGGUUUAGUUACUGCUUUAGCUAUUGCCUCAUCUUCAAACUGGGAAGAUUUCUUAUCAAAUUCUAUUAAAUCCGUUAGUUUAUUAUUUUCUAUUGGUCUUAAUUGUUUGUUAACUUAUCCUAAUACUACCUUACCUCCUUCAAUGUUACAAGAUUCUUUGGAAAAUAGUGAAGGUAGACCAUCUCCAAUGCUUUCAAUCAGAGAUUUAUCUAAGAAAAAGGUUGAAUUCUUCAUCAACCAAACUAAUAACCAUUUACCUGUUGAAAAACAUAUUUCAAUUUCUUUGAUUAACGGUCCAAAUCAAUUUGUUUUAUCAGGUCCUCCUGAAUCUUUAUAUGGUUUAAAUGUUACUUUAAGAAAUGAAAAAGCUCCAAGUGGUUUAGAUCAAUCAAGAGUUCCAUUUUCUAAAAGAAAAUUGAAAUUUUCCAAUAGAUUUUUACCAAUUUUUGCUCCUUUCCAUUCACAUUUAUUGAAAAAUGGUUUUGAAGCUAUGUUAAAAUUAUGUAAACAAAAUGAUAUUAUUUUUGACCAUAAUAAGAUUCAAAUUCCUGUCUUUGAUACUUUUGAUGGAUCAAAUUUCCAAGAUAUUAAAGAUGAUGAUGAAAUCGUUGAAAGAUUAAUCAAAUUAAUUAUCGAAUUCCCAGUCAAUUGGGAAAUUGCUACCAAUUUUAAAUCAACUCAUAUCUUAGAUUUCGGUCCAGGAGGUGUUAGUGGUUUAGGUAUAUUAACCCAUAAAAACAAAGAUGGUACUGGUUCGAGAAUCAUUUUAGCUGGUGCUUUGGAUGAAUCUUUAGAUGAUGAAUAUGGUUUCAAACAAGAAAUUUUCAGUAAUAAAGAUAUCAAAUACCAAACCAAUUGGGCUACUUUUAAACCUACUUUAAUCAAGGACAAGACUGGUAAAAUCUUCAUUAAUACCAAAUUUUCUAAAAUUUUAAGUAGACCACCGUUGAUGGUUCCAGGUAUGACCCCAACAACUGUUAAUCCUAAAUUCAUCAUUGAUACUUUAAAUGAAGGAUAUCAUAUUGAAUUAGCUGGUGGUGGUUAUUUUGCUCCUCAAAUGUUAAAAGAUGCCAUUGAUAAAAUCUCAAGUGAAAUCAAACCAGGUUAUGGUAUUACUAUUAAUUUGAUUUAUGUCAGUCCAAGGCAAAUGCAAUGGGCUAUUCCUUUGAUCAAAGAUUUAAGAGAAAAAGGAUACCCUGUUCAAGGUUUAACUAUUGGUGCUGGUGUUCCAUCAUUAGAAGUUGCCAAUGAAUAUAUCAAUGACUUGAAAUUAACUCAUUUAGGUUUGAAACCAGGCUCAACUGAUGCUAUUAACCAAGUUAUUAACAUUGCUAAACACAAUCCUCACUUCCCAAUCAUCUUACAAUGGACUGGUGGUAGAGGUGGUGGUCAUCAUUCAUUUGAAGAUUUCCAUCAACCAAUCUUACAAAUGUAUAGUAAGAUCAGAAAAUACCUGAACAUUAUUCUUGUUGCUGGUUCAGGUUUUGGGGAUGAUGUUGAUACUUAUCCAUACUUGAAUGGUUCAUGGUCAGCUAAAUUCAAAUAUCCUCCAAUGCCAUUUGAUGGUUUCCUUUUCGGUAGUAGAGUUAUGGUUGCUAAAGAAGCUUUCACUUCAUUAGAUGCCAAAAAAGCUAUUGCUGAAUGUAGUGGUGUUGAUGAUACUAAUUGGGAAACUUCAUUCGUCAAACCAACUGGAGGUAUUUUAACUGUUGUCUCAGAAAUGGGUGAACCAAUCCAUAAAAUCGCUACUAGAGGGGUUAAAUUAUGGAAAGAAUUUGAUGAUACUUUGUUCAACUUACCAAAGGCUAAAUUAGCUGAAGCUUUAAAAUCUAAGAAAGAUUAUAUUAUCGAAAGAUUGAAUAAAGAUUUCCAAAAAGUUUGGUUUGGUAAAAAUUCUGAAGGUGUUUGUGAUUUAGAAGAUAUGACUUAUCAAGAAGUUAGUGACAGAUUGAUUGAAUUAAUGUAUGUCAAGAAAUCUUCAAGAUGGAUUGAUAUUACUUUGAGAAAUUUCCUUGGUGAUUACUUAAGAAGGGUUGAAGAAAGAUUCGCUACUAGUGGAGAAUCUUUGAUUCAAAACUAUAAUCAAUUAUCAGUUAACCCUCAAGAUUUCAGUGAUAAAUUCUUCAAAACUUAUAGUAAAGGUUGUAACCAAUUAAUCAAUGAAGAAGAUUGUGAUUAUUUCCUUAACUUAUGUUUAAGACCUGGUCAAAAGCCUGCUCCAUUUGUUCCAACUUUGGAUGAUAAAUUCUCUUACUACUUCAAGAAAGAUAGUUUAUGGCAAUCAGAAGAUUUAGAAGCUGUUGUUGAUGAAGAUGUUGGUAGAACUUGUAUCUUACAUGGUCCUGUUGCUACUAAAUACGCCAACAAAGUCAACGAACCUAUUGGUGAAAUCAUGAACGGUAUCAAUGAUGGUUUAAUCAAGAAAUUAUUAGCUGAUGAAUAUGAUAAUGAUGAAUCUAAGAUUGAAACUGUUGAAUAUUUAACUGUUGACCCAGUUGAAGGUUCAGCCGUUGAUGUUAAAGUUGAUAUCGAAGGUACCACCAAAAAAUUGACUGUCUUAAGUAACGAUGUUGAUCCAGCUCAAUGGUUCAACUUAAUCACUGGUACUAAGAUUAAUUGGUUAUACGCUUUUAUUCAAUCCAAGAAAGUUGUUCAAGGUAUCAAUCAUAUUGAUAAUUCAGUUCAUUCAGUCUUAUCUCCAGUUAAAGGUUUGAUUGUUGAAAUCAAGAACUUUGAAACUGAACCAGUUUUAACUGCUUUUGAAAAAGUUCACAAUGAUUUAAAACCUGUUGUUUCAAUUUCAUAUGUUAACAAUGAAAUUCAAUACAAGUUGAUUGAACACAGAACUGCUGAUGGAUUACCUGUUGAAUUACCUUUCUUGUUCAAAUACACUGAUGAUGGGUUUGCCCCAAUUAGUGAAGUUAUGGAAAACAGAAAUAUCAGAAUCAAAGAAUUUUACUGGAAAUUAUGGUACGGUUCUAACGUCCCAGUUGAUUUAAACAUUGAUGUUGAAAAAACCAUUGUUGGUGAAUCAAUGUCAGUUAACGCUAAAGAUGUUGGAGAAUUUAUCCAUGCUAUUGGUAACAAACAACAAGCUUUCGUUGCUAAAGGUGAAAACUCCAAGAGUGGAUUUGCUCCAAUGGAUUUUGCUAUCGUUAUUGGUUGGAAAGCCAUCAUUAACGCUAUCUUCCCUAAAACUGUUGAUGGUGAUUUAUUGAAAUUAGUCCAUUUGAGUAACGGUUACAGAAUGAUUCCAGGAGCUAAAUUAUUAGCUCAUGGUGAUGUUGUUUCUACUAAAGCUGAAAUCAAAUCCGUUUUAAACCAAGCCAGUGGUAAAAUGGUUGAAGUUAUUGGUACUAUCAUCAGAGACAAUGAACCAGUCUUAGAAGUUACUUCACAAUUCUUAUACCGUGGUGAUUACAAAGAUUUCGAAAACACCUUCAGUAAGAAAGUUGAAACACCUUAUGAAGUUAAGAUUUCUUCUAUGAAGGAAUUAGCUAUCUUAAAAUCUAAAGAAUGGUUCGAAAUUUUAGAAGAAACUGACUUAUUAAACAAAUCUUUAACUUUCAGAUGUGAAUCUGUUUAUAAGUAUAAAGAUAUUGAAGUUUAUUCAAGCAUCAUUACUACUGGUAAAGUCUUCAUUGAAUUACCAACUAAAGAAAUCAUUCAAAUUGCUGAAAUCAAUUAUGAAGCCGGUAAAUCUUAUGGUAAUCCAGUUAUUGAUUACUUACAAAGAAAUGGUAAACCAAUCGAACAAGCUAUUAUCUUUGAAAAUUCUAUUCCGUUAUCAUCUAAUGAAGAAUUAACUUCCAAAGCUCCAACUACUAAUGAACCAUAUGCUAAAGUUAGUGGUGAUUAUAAUCCUAUCCACGUUUCAAGAGUUUUCGCCAACUAUGCUAACUUACCAGGUACUAUCACUCAUGGUAUGUAUUCAUCAGGUUCAAUUAGAUCAUUAGUUGAAGAAUGGGCUGCUAAUUCAGUUCCUGAAAGAGUUAUCGCUUUCAAAUGUAAUUUCGUUGGUAUGGUUUUACCAAACGAUACUUUACAAACUACUUUAGAACAUAUUGGUAUGAUUAACGGUAGAAAGAUCAUUAAAAUUCAAACCAAGAAUGAAAAUGAUUCCGUUGUUUUAGAAGGUGAAGCUGAGAUUGAACAACCAAUCACUACUUUUGUUUUCACCGGUCAAGGUUCUCAAGAACAAGGUAUGGGUAUGGACUUAUAUGCUAAAUCAGCUGUUGCCAAAGAUGUUUGGGAUAGAGCUGAUAUUCAUUUCAUUAACAACUAUGGUUUCUCCAUCUUAGAUAUUGUUAAAACCAAUCCAAAUGAAUUAGUUGUUCAUUUCAAUGGUAAAAAAGGUAGAAAGAUUAGAGAAAACUAUAUUGGUAUGAUGUUCGAAACUAUUGGUCCAAAUGGUGAAAUCAAAUCUGAAAAAAUCUUUAAAGAUAUUGAUCAUACUACCACUAGUUAUAAAUUCGUUUCACCAACUGGUUUAUUAUCAGCUACUCAAUUUACUCAACCAGCUUUAACUUUAAUGGAAAAAGCCAGUUAUGAAGAUUUAAAAUCUAAAGGUUUAGUUCCAACCGAUGCUAUGUUUGCCGGUCAUUCAUUAGGAGAAUAUAGUGCUUUAUCAUCAUUAGCCAACGUUAUGCCAGUAGAAUCAUUAGUUGAUGUUGUUUUCUACCGUGGUAUGACCAUGCAAGUUGCUGUUCCAAGAGAUGAAUUAGGAAGAUCCAAUUAUGGUAUGUGUGCCGUCAACCCUACCAGAAUCAGUCCAACAUUCAAUGAUGCAGCUUUAAGAUUUGUUGUAGGAGAAAUUAAUACUCAUACUGGUUGGUUAUUAGAAAUUGUUAAUUACAAUGUUGAAAACACUCAAUAUGUUACUGCUGGUGAUUUAAGAGCUUUAGAUACGUUAACUAAUGUAUUGAACGUCUUGAAAAUUAACAAAAUUGAUAUUGUUAAAUUACAAGAACAAAUGUCUUUAGAUAAAGUUAAGGAACACUUGAAAGAAAUCGUCCAAGAAGUUAGUGCUAAAUCUUUAGCUAAGCCUCAACCAAUUGAUUUAGAAAGAGGUUUCGCUGUUAUUCCAUUAAAGGGAAUUUCAGUUCCUUUCCAUUCAUCUUAUUUAAUGAAUGGUGUUAAACCUUUCCAAAGAUUUUUGAACAAAAAAAUCUCCAAGAGUUCCGUUAAUCCUGGUGAUUUGAUUGGAAAGUAUAUUCCAAAUUUAACUGCUAAACCUUUUGAAAUUAGUAAAGAAUAUUUCGAAGAAGUUUAUGCUUUAACUAAGAGUGAUAAAUUAAAGAGUAUCAUUGAAAACUGGGAUAAGUAUGAAUCUGCUUAA